AUGUAUGAGACUUUCGGAGAAAAGGAAGAGAAAGAACUUCAUGAAAUGAGAAGGAGAUUUGGAAAAUUGAGAUUUGAAACAGAUCACAAUAUUGAAAAAAGCAAAUUGAUGAAUACAUAUAUUGAGUAAACCAAAUAAGAUGCAAGGAGUGUCCUUUUAAAUCAAACCCCACAAAGUAAAUUGAACUUGAAUUUGCACAUGAGUCGACUUUAAACUAAUACUUCUAUCCUUGAUUCAAAUUCUACUAAAAGGACUCUUUUGACAAAAAAAACAACUACCACUAAUAAUCGAAACUUCAGCGCUAGAACUUUAACAAAUAGAAUUACCUCUUUACCUAACAAUUACUUUUUCAAUUUCCCUAAAUGGAUGGAGGAGAGAUAGGAUUUCCAAAAGUGGAAAUAACAUGAGUAAAACAUUAUUUUAGUAAUAGAGAUUUUGAUAUCCAUUUGAAAAUUGUCUCAAUCUGUAAAAGCGAAUCAUUUAGAAGGGAUGAUGGUCAAAAAACCAUAGUGGCACUCUAUCUCUAGACCUUGAGUUUAUUCAAAUUGAUGCCUUUAGAAAUGUUAAAGGAAUUGGGAGGUCGUUUAACCUACAUUGAAUUGAAAACUGAAAAUGAUCUAACACUUUGUAGAUAUGGAGAAAAAGGAGAAUGCAUGUUCAUAAUAUUUAAAGGAAAAGUGGAUGUCAUUAGUUCUGAUGUACUAUCAUUUCAAUAUCAAAGGGUAAAUUACUGAAGGUCUUUGGUAGUAAUGAACAUGUUGGAAGAAGUGCACUAGAAACGGAUGCACCAAGAAAUGCUACCUUGACAACUACAUUUGAGUCUCAUAUUUUGAAAUUAUAACGAUGGGACUUUUAAUAAUGUCUAAAUAAUUUAUUCAAGAUUGAAAGACCAAAAUGGAAGAAGUUCGUUGAAACAAUUCAUUUUUUUGAUAGUUUUCAUCCUCAUAAAAUAGAGAGAAUGUGUGAUGAAUUAAAAGGUAGAUUCAUGUCAACGAAAGAUUGCUUGUACAAAGCUGGUGAUUAAGUAGAUAACUUUUAUAUUGUGAAAAAUGGAACUUUAGUUAAGAAUGUGGUUGUUGAUCUGGAGGAAUCUAAUAGAUGGCCCAUUGGAGCUAAAGAAUGGGAAAAGAAAACCAUCACUACUUGCUAACGAAUACCUUUGCAAUAUAAAGCCUAAUCCUUAUUAGGAUACUAUGAGAUAGUAACAUUUGAAUAACUUUAAUUAAAAAAAAGAACUGAAACCAUUGAUGCAGCAGAAGAUUCGUUUGUCUUAUUUAUUCCCAAAACUUUAUUUACUGAAAUAUUUGAUGCUGAUGAUUAAAAGAAGUUCAGAGAUUUGUAUACAAAAUUACAUCCAACCAGCUUUGAAGUGCUAAUCUCAAAAGUAAAAAGUGAGGAAAUGAAAAAAAAAUAAGAAUUCCAAAUUAUUAACAAAGCAAUCACAGAUGGUUUAAUUUCUGUUCCUCAACAUCUUUUAGAGAAAGUAUUCAGAUUUAUCUUAAUAUUAGAAAUUUUCAAAAUAUUCAAAAGUUUUUGAUAAUGCUAAAACUAAAUUAAAGUAAUUCAAAUAAUCUAGGGAGAUUAUUAAAAGGGAGAAAAGAACUAAAAAUAUGAUAUCCAUAUAUGAAUGA